AUGGGCGUCGCCUCCGCCAUCAUCUUGAUUAUCAUCACGCUUUUCUUGCCUCCCCUGGGCGUCUUUGCAGUUUCUGGCUGCGGAGUUGACCUCUUCAUCAACAUUUGCCUCACCCUACUAGGAUAUAUACCCGGCCAUGUACACGCGUUCUAUCUCGAGUGGGUGUACUACGACCGUCGAGAGCAGGCGAGGGAGGGCCGUCAUCCAGCAUCACGGGCCCCGGGAAUUUACAGCGACAGAGUCCAGUCUGGUGGCCAUGGCUACGGAACGAUCGUCCAACCCACCCAUCCUUAA